UGGACGCCCACUUCACACUACUAAUAUAUGUAUAUAUAUAUAUAUCAUACACAGCAGUUCAUUUCAGGUGCCAAAUCUCGUUUGACCACUGGGAUUCACUGCUGCAAACCGGGAUCCUCGCUUCAGAUCCUGCUUCCCCUUCCUUCCCACGACCCGCGCGACCCGCAAAGGCUCGACGACUUCGCUUGGGGCGCCCAGUGCUUCCUCCCGCGGUCCGCGCGGGGGUAGGUGCCGAGGUCCCUCUGCCCGGUUUUUGUUGGGGAACAUCGGGAGCACGUCCUGGGAUUCGGAUUGACCAGGGCCAGUGGGCCAUCAAAUGUUCAGGAAACUUUGCGAGGCUCACAGCUGUCCUCGCGCGGCUCCCGUGCCGUUCCGCACGGAUCCCCCCAUGGCAGCGCUGCCGUGGAGAUCCGGGUGGCUGAUGGGAUCGCAGAGCUUCUCCAGGAUGCCAUGCUUGGCACACAGAGGCCCGGACAUCCGUGCUGCGGCGCGGCCACGACGCUCCGUCAGCUUCGCUGGGUGGCACGCGCGCACCAAGAGGGUGGUGCAAAGCUCUCAGCCUGAAGAUGACUUGGUGGUGCCGUUGCCCUACAGCCGCCGAGUCUUCGCCUCCUCCUGGCUGGUGGCGAUCACCACAGGCCUUGCUGCCUUACAUGGCCAGAUGAUGUGCUGCUUCCUAUGCUUCCUGGUUCUUUUCGGCACGGUGAACUAUUGGCGCGAUCCCCGCAGCGGCUGGCGGCGCCGCGCCGACUUCUUCUUCGCCAACUUCGGGAUUGGAUACCACUUGUUCCUGGCGCUUGUGCUUUGGGCAAAGACUCCCAUCGGGCACAAGUUCGAUUUCACUAGCCCCUCCCAGAGGCCGUUGUUUCUGGCAGGAUUAGUUUGUCAAGCUGGCCUGGUAAACGCAUCUCCAGGCCAUGCUUCGCCUUGAGCCCCUUCGGCUUUGGGAUUUUCUGGGCUGCUGCGCUCUAUCUCUACCUGCGCGCUCGCCGGUGUGCGAAGCAGGGCCACUUUGAUGCCGGCACCAAGUGGCAUGUGAUCUUCCACUGUGUGGGCAAUUUGGCCAACUGCUUGUUUUAUCCCGGUCUUUUACGGGUGUGACGGGCCGCUGAAAAAAGGCCGCCGCAACGCGAAGAAGCGGGCGAUUUAGUGUGCACGCUGGGCUUGCAGGGGCUGGGAGUGUGAAUGAACCGGAAGUGAUUUCAUGAUGUGCAUCCCCCGACUGACCAAUGAGCCGUUUCAAGUGAAGACCUGAACCUGGAAGACAGCAACACACCCGUGCAGGACCUCAAAAAUCAUGGAAGAAGAGCUGUUUGGCCCCCAUGUCCAGAGUGUAUGAUGCCCAACUUAAGUGGAAGAAAGCAGCCGAAAGGGGCAUAGAAAAGCCCUUCGUAGUUCCACCAGGAAGGACGCCUCCUUGGUGCUAAGGUCGAACGCCCCGAGCGCGCGCGG